GAACAAAAGAAAGAGAGAGAGAGAGAUUAGAAUAAGUUGAUAACACCGUCAAAAUUGGUUCCUCAGAGUUGAGGAGGUAUUGUGUAAGGGCACGUUCUGUUACAUCGUUCUUCAUUUUGAUUUUGGAUGGAUAAAGGUAAAGGUGCCAAGGCAUUAGCGACCUCUUUGCAAAAUCUCGAUUUGAAUCCUCCAUCCAACGUCAAAUCCAAGUCCUCCAUUUCAAUCACCCACCCUCAAUUUCCCGGAUUACUGCCUAUGAAGACAAAGCCUCCGAGUUUGGUCAGCCUUUGCAUUGGAGUUCUUGGAAGACAUUUGGAGGAUAUUAUUGCAGAUUUGAGUGAAAUUGCUAUCAACUUGCCAGCUGAUAUAAAGAUAGCAGUGGCAGCUAUUGCUAGAAGAAGAAAAUUGUUGAAUGAUGAUAUCCUGAUCGCAUUAGCUGAUACUUCCUGGGAAAUCCUUGAUGUCUCUGGCUCAGAUGUCUCUGAUUUUGGCUUGAUAAAAGCAGCUGAAGUAUGUAGAUUCAUUAAAGCUCUAGAUAUAAGCCGGUGCACCAAAAUUACUGCUAAUGGUAUAUCUGAGCUUGUGAAGCACUGCCACUUAUUGGAGACAUUGAGAUGCGGAGGGUGUCCAAGGACUGACAACACUGCACGAAGAUGCUUGGGUAUAUUUAAACCAAAGUUUGAUGAUUAUGUGGAGGAGGAUUCUUGGGAGGAGCUUGAUACAAAAGAAAUUGCUAGUGGGGCACAAUCACUCAGGUGGCUAGUAUGGCCAAACAUUGAUAAAAAUUCUUUAGAGGACUUUUCCACUGAGUGCCCACGUGUUGUAGUAAAUCCUAAGUCAUCACCCUUUGGGUUUAAGGGAACUGAGGUUCCUCGGGAAGCAUUACAAAAUAUCAUAUUGGAUGAUGAAGUUGUCAAGGACAUUGAUCCCAGAACAUGGACAAUGCAUGGGUUUGCAUUGAAGCCCAUCUCUCCAUCUUCAAGUUCCACUGAAUUAUCAGUAGCCGAAAAAUUCAGACUUGCAUUUGUGGAAAGGGAUAACCGAUUAGCUCCGAAGCGAGCUAAAAAUGCCCGGCAACAUCAGCGUCGUGCAGUGAGGGAAUUGAUGCUGAUGAGCACAAGAGCCAAGGCAAUGGUCUUAGCCUCACAAGCAAGCAAGUCCCUUCAUGGCCGAAGCUCAUAGAGUUCUCACAUCACAUGUAUUUUUCAGUUGCCCCAAAAUGUACUUAUAGCAUUAUUAACUUCUUCUGUAUAUAGUAAGAAGUUGUUGGUCAUACAGAUUUUGAAUCUUAAGAUGUCUCCUUUGACAAGUCAGAAAGAUCAGGGCUUUCAAUUUGUGCCUUGUUUGAGGUUUCUCAUGAAAUGAAAAUUGUUCAGUUGCCCAUGUUAUGGAAGAAAUAUGAUUGCCUGUUGCUUUGUUCCAUUUAUUGUGGAAAUGCAAAAUUAAUUUUCCAACAUCAUUGCUUUGGAAGAAGCUCUUGAUUCAAAAGGAUGAAGGAUUCCUUCUGCAUGGUGUGAUGUGGUACUGCUACCUAACGGUGCUUCUGCUGAGAGGGGCCUUGUUUUGUGGAAUGGUGUGAUGCAUGGCUGUUCUGUCAAAACUGCUUAUAAUCGACUGUUAUGGGAAUGGUUGAUGAGGAAAAGGACAGUGUCUGGCAAUUUAUACCCUGUUUUGAAAUAUCUCAAACGGAGAAGACACAAAUUUUCCAAAGCAAAAUUUUUAGCUGCAACUAAAAUUUUGAUUUGAGUCAGAUGCAAACAGGCUUUAAGCACAAUUAUUGUGCAUGUUUGAUUUUCUGUUAUAAAAUUACGUUUGAGGCAUAAGUCAUUUUGUCAAUGCAUCAGGAUCCUUAUUUGUGCUUUUAUUUUAUUUUUAUUUGUUGGAUUUGCAUUAGAAUGUGUGUUACAACAAUUCCAAUUGCAAAUCAAACAUACAUUAUGUGUGCGAAUUGGAGCUUGUUAUAUUCAUUUUCAAUAAACUUGAUUUCGUAUAA